AUGGCGUUUGUUCCCCCGGCACCCAGGCUCCCCGGAGAAGCGGCUCUUGAAAUAUUCGUAUAUCCGGGAAGCAUGCCGAACCGCCCACUGGAGGAGACAAACAAAUUCAGCGACAGUGGACGCCUCGAGUUCUUGGGCAAUCAGAUGACCGCCGCUGCCUACACCGAUGUGAUGGCCCAACGUUGGCCCGCAGCCAGUGGGGAGCAGCUGAAGGGCAUGGUCGAGAAUACUCUCAACGGACUAAUGGAGCGCAGCGCCGCUGCGUACCAGUGGACCAAUCGGGUGCUUGGGUACCCGCCAGACUUCAAUCGUCAGGACCUGGGGGAGGCGCGCCGGCUGUUUUGCACCUACGCCGGCGCGAUCUACGUCGAGCACGGGUAUAUGGAGCUGAAGGCGUGGAUCGCGACCCUGGCCGCACUCAGCUGA